UAUAUCUUUGGCCCACGAAAGAAAUCUGAAACCCUAGACAGCGACCCCACUCUCCAUCAAGCAUCGCUUUUUUGGGAAUCUGGCACUCUUGGGCAUCCUCUCAUUGUACCUUUUGAAGACAAGCUUGAGCAUAUGGAUGCAAUGGCGAAGGAUCUGGAGGGGAAUCCAGUGUCGCAUGGCUACCGAAUGCCAGCAGAAUGGGAGGCACAUGCUCAGUGUUGGAUGGGCUGGCCGGAACGUCCGCACAAUUGGCGAGACUCUGCUAGUCAUGCUCAACAGGCAUUUGCUCAAGUGGCAGAAAAGAUUUCAAAGUUUGAGCCAGUCACUGUGUGUGUUAGUUCUGAUCAGUAUUCAAAUGCAUAUGAACGGUUGAGGGGUUUGGCUAACGUCAGGGUGGUGGAGAUGAGCAUGAAUGAUGCCUGGUUUCGUGAUACAGGACCCAUUUUUGUUGUGCGCCGUGAAGGGAAAUCAAGUUCAAAACACGAAGACUAUCAAGUUGCUGGCAUUGAUUGGACCUUCAAUUGUUGGGGUGGAGCAGAGGACCGUUGUUACAGUGACUGGAGUCUUGAUGCUCAUGUUGCGAAAAAGAUUUUGGAGUUGGAGAGAUGUCCUCGAUUUGUAAAUCAAAUGGUUUUGGAGGGUGGGAGCAUUCAUGUAGAUGGAGAAGGUACUUGCGUUACUACUGCUGAGUGCUUAUUGAACUCAAAUAGGAACCCGCAUAUGACUAAGGAGCAAAUUGAGAAUGAGUUGAUGUGUUAUUUUGGAGUUAAAAAGAUCAUUUGGUUGCCUAAUGGGCUCUAUGCUGACGAGGAUGCCAAUGGUCAUGUUGAUAAUAUGUGCCGUUUUGUGAAGCCUGGGGUGGUGCUUUUGGCGUGGACUGACGAUGAAUCAGAUCCUCAAUAUGAAAGGUCAUUGGAGGCUCUCUCUGUUCUCUCCAACACUACUGAUGCCAAAGGCAGGAAAUUAAGUGUUGUCAAGCUCCAUGUGCCUGGGCCAUUUUACAUGACACAGGAAGAAGCAAAAGGGAUUCACAAUCUGGGGAAUGGAAAACCUAGACUGGCUGGUACAAGAUUAGCUGCUUCUUAUGUAAACUUUUACAUUGCCAAUGGAGGAAUCGUUGUACCAGGAUUUGGUGAUGAAAAGUGGGAUAAGGAAGCCUGUCGGGUUCUCUCUUCGGUGUUCCCUAAUCAUGAGGUUGUAAUGAUCAAUGGUUCGAGGGAAAUAUGUUUAGGAGGUGGGAAUAUACAUUGCAUAACUCAGCAACAGCCUGCUCCCCCUAUCAUCAGAGAAUGAGAACUGAAUUGGAUGAGAUGGAUCAAAACUCACUGUUAAUUUUAAGUCAGUUAUGUUUAAUAAAUACGCAUAAACAGUAUACAGCUUGGUUUGACCAUUACAGCCAAGGUAUAUAUGUGUAUGAUUAUGAUCCUUAAUUGUACUGUAAGACUUGAUUGUACUUUAAGACGUCACCAUUUUAGAUGAUGUUUUUCUGCUCAAAUACUUAAAGACUUGAUUGGUUUGCAUUAGUAGAUGUUAUUA